GUUACCACAAAUAGAAAAUGGCGUUCCGACCGCAUGACAAGAGACACAGAGAGAUGCAAGAAGAUGUUAAGCCUCCAAACAGUCGAUUAUUUAUCUUAUGCGGCAAAGGAAUAAGAGAGGAUACAUUUAGGGAUGCCUUUGGAAAGUUUGGAACCGUGGAAGAUAUAUGGAUUGUCAAAGACCGCAGGACAAUGGAAGAGAAGGGGGUCGUUUACAUCAAAUUCUCCAAGGCAUCAGAGGCAGCUCUAGCUAUGGAGGAAAUGAAUAUGAAGACUUUGCCUGGUCACCCCAAACCACUCAAAGUACUGAUUGCCAGUAGUAAGAGAGAGGGUGCAGUCAGGGACCCCAGGGAGGAUGAGAAAAACCUCCGUCUGUUUGUCAUCUGUCCCAAAUCUUACAGCAAAGAGGACCUCAAAAAGGAGUUUGAGAAAUUUGGGGACAUUGAUUCUGUAAUGGUGGUAUCAGACAAACACUCGGGAGAGAGGAAGGGGUUCGGCUACGUCCGUUUUCACCGACCCUAUCAUGCAGCUCUUGCAUUUGAAAACUGCGACCCAUCAUUCAAGCCCAAAUUUGCAGAUCCUAAGAAUUCUGAACGCGGGCGGGAACGAGAUCGUGAUUUUGACCUGGGAAGUGGGGGAGGAUAUGGUGGAGGGGGCUAUGAUCGGGAGACAAACCGAUUCGGGGGUGGCUACAAUGACUUCAACGACUAUGACUCCCGAGACAGAGGUUCAAAGAGACAGUAUGAGUCGAUAAGAGGCCCUCCACGGGAUAUUUAUGAUGCCUACAUGCAUGAAGGUGCAAAUUCUGGACCUCCUGUUGCCCCUGCAGUCCCAGUGAACCUUAGAGGCCUGAGCCCAGGAUCACUGAUCCGAGAUUUAGUUUCUCCUGCUGUGCCGGUGAACCGUGGAGGACAAACUCCUAUGGAUAUCCUACAGUCUUACAACACCUCCACAAUGAGUACGCGGCUACAGAUCACCGCCCCCAUCGGCCUGACCCAGGGCUACCUCACGCGUCUCUUCAGCCUCAUUCCUGGCCUGGAGUACUGUGACCUGAAUGAAACAACAGGUGUGGCGUAUGCGCGUUACAUAAGUCCCCAGUGUGCAAACUACGCCCGAGAUAAGCUGAAUGGUUUUGAGUACCCCAUUGGUAGCCGCCUGUUGGUCAGGUUUGCUGAUGAGCAGAGACCAAUGGAGGGGCCCCCAAUGGGGACUCCAAACAUGAUGGACACAAGUUAUGGUGGGUACCCUGGUCCCAGAGGAGGGGGAGGAGGAGGAGGAGGGCCACCCCCAGACAACCAGAACGAGACUCUCAGACGGGCUGCGGCAGUGUUAGAGAAGGCGGGUCUGAAUCCCGACACAAUCCUUAACACAUCCUACAACUUUGAGCGCGUGCCAUACUGUUCCAUUCCCCUCCCCCCACCCAAACAGAUGAUGCCUGAGGACACAGAGGUGGCUCAGAGGCUGUUCAUUGUGUGCCAGCCCUCGGGGAUCCCGGAGAAAGUUCUGAGGGACGCCUUCUGUAGGAUGGGGAACCUCAUUGAUGUGUAUUUACUGCCAGCUCGUAACUAUGGUUAUGCCAAGUUUGCCACCAAGGAAUGUGCAAUGAAGGCAAUCCAGACAUUACACGGCCAAAACCUGGCAGGAAACAGGCUGAAAGUUCUGGAGGCCGAACCACCGCGGGGACCAGAGGAGGAGGAACCCUCUAAAAAACCAAGGAUGUAACAGAAGAUUUUCCAUUGACCUGCAGAAAAUUACGACUGACGACAUUGAACAGAAUAAAAGGAAUACCAAAGAACGACAACUCUGGAUGACUCGAGAUGACAAUGGGAAAUAACUCUUGACAAAACUGGACGACAGAGAGGAAAGAUUCUCUACUCUUGACAAAAAAUUAUUUUGACUUACAAUUACUGUGAAAAAAAAAAAAAACCAGGGUUACAAUACAUGACAGAGAACGUUUUCAAAACAUAAAAUUGACUUGGAUCAACAUCAUUCAUCUAAAUUAAUUAAAAGCAGUUAUAUUUCAUCAUGAUUUUUCUCUGUUUUCUGUAUUUCUGAGCUGCAUUUUACAAAAGAACUUACAACAAAUUGGAAAAUCCUUAAUGUGGAUAUAUUUUGAAAUCCAUUUCUUCGGAACUAUUUUAAUAGCCAUAAAAAUAUUUCACUGGUGUUUACUUCAAACUUUUUGUAGCGAAUGAUAAAUUUGGUCAGGGGUCUUCGGAGGCUGGGUAAUCUUUAAAAUUGUAGAGAUGAUUUAUUUAACCUUAAAGUAUUACUUAGUAAAGAAAAAAUUCCAUUUUAGCUUUAAAAUAUGAAUAAUUUUCUCUAUCUUUAUACAGAGUUCUUCUUUUAAAGGAGAUAGAUACAGUUUAAAAAUGGCCAUGACUAUCAAGCCCUCUUAACCAAGUUCUUUUCUUAAUGCAGCCCUGAACGUUAUUGCUGUUGUUGCUUGAUAUGAUUGUAUCUGUUAGUUGAUCACGUUUCAUUUUAUGGUAAUAAAUUUACUGCAUAUUGUGAA